AUGAGCGACAACACGAAGGCUAAUGACGGCCCUCCCACCCCCGUGUACGACCUUACCGGGCAUUGUUCGAUCAUAUACAACAACACACUCUACGCAUACUCAUCCGCCGGAUUCCAGUCGCUGGUACUGGAAGAGGGGGAGGAAUGGAAGAAAUUGCCUAUGGACAUAUCGUUGACGGGAGCCCAGUGUGUAAAGACAUCGGAUAAGCUGUACGUUGUUGGCGGAUCUCCAAAUGCGACCGCUGCAGACUGGAACUACCCCGGAUUGAUGCACUACACGUUCUCAACAAAAAGGUGGGACUGGCAACGAUCGGAAAGCUGGAAUACGCAGAACCGUCAAAACCAUGGCGCCACAUAUCUCGUCGGGUCAGACAAGAUUCUUGUUUAUUCGGGCUCCCAGAAGACGGGGGACGAGGGUGCAUCACCAGAGACUUUCUUAUUUGCCACAAAGGAGCCGUUCGCCGUGCAGAGCUUUCCCUCGAACGGCGUGCCUCCCUCCGUACGGCCUAUGCUUAUGGCAUGGGACACGACUUCUGCUUUGAUGAUUGGAGGUGGCGCAUCGAAUUCUGCUACAUGGACGUUCAGCGAAGAUAAGGGAUGGCAAAACUUGGGCGUCACUUUGGACGCUGGCAUCGUGAACCAAGAGUCGGUUCAAUGCACAGUCCAGAUUGGAACAGAUGGAAGCAAGGUUCUGCAAAAGUUUGACAUGGGUGUUUCACCCAACAAGGUUGAGCGCAUCGUCCUCCUCGGCGAAGGAGGAAUCGUGGCUAAGACAGGCACGACUGUUGGCGACAAGGCAAAGCGAAACACCAUUGCCGACUGGCCAACUUACAACGCAACUGAGGCACCCUCAAACACACGGUCGGGCUUCACACUCGCCGAGGGUGACGACGGCAUGACUGUUGCUCUUGGGGGCAAUACACAAGAUCCAUUGUCUCUCUUCAAUGCGAAAGAGAACGCAUGGGUGAACGCGACAGCGUUUUUCGGUGGGCAACAAGUUAUUUCCGCCUCAGAAACAUCGUCCAUUUCGACCAGUAGUCCUACAACGACAGCCUCCUUGACUGCGUCUCCCAGCGCAUCUGCGACUGAUUCAACAGGGGCAGCUGCGGCACCACCAGACAACAAGUCCAAGAUGCUGACAGUUCUCGGUGCUACCCUCGGCACAAUCUUCGGUAUCGCUGCGGUCCUGAUCUUCAUCUUGUUCUGCCUUAAGUACAGGAAGAACAAGGUCAAGAAGGCACAACAGGCUGGAUACGUAGGACGUGAGAAGAACCGUCUCAGCUUCGCAGACCGCGGUGCAGACUUCAUGAAGGAGGCUGGUGGUUCGGUAGCCACCUACAACCUUCCCCAGAGCAAUGACUCCGUCACAUCGCUAGCCAUCAUCCAAGGCAAAGGCGGCUAUGGACAUAAGAAGAACAUGGCUAGCGAUGCCAGCACAGCAGGUCUUGUCAAGAAGCCCAGUCCGCUUGCGUACUCGCAAGAGCCUUACGAGCUGGCUAAGUUUGAUUUGAAGCCUGAGCCUGUUGAGGAGAAGAUGGUCCGACAGAACUCGAGCCGCAACCCACCAGCAAACAAGUCCAAUGGACGCAGUCGAAGCUCUGGCUGGAGUCGAUACUUCGCCAACAACGAAGCCACCAACCUUGCUAUGCCAGCCACUAACGACAAUCGAUCCACUUUUGCAUCGGACAGGAGUAGUAUGCUCAGCCAGUCACAAUACACUAACUCACGCGUACCGAGCCAACACCCAUCACCAUACGUUCCUCCGCUCGAAAUUCCUAAAUUUGACGGCCAGCGUCUCAGUCGAGUAGCCAGUGGAAGCCCCACGCUUGGCAGCGUUCAAAGUCUAUCUCUUCCGCAUCAGCCCAUGCAGGCCACGCUUGGCCGUGCCAACUCGAACGGCAGCUCAAGAAAUUCUGCACUGAGCCAUGACGAGCCCCAUUACUUCCGCAACCCUGUGGAGAGUUGGACGCCAGUUGGCGAUGACGAGCGACCACCCAGCAGUGCGUACACUGGCAGCAUGGUGAUUGAGCCGAACAACAACCAUAAAUUCGACGGUGCCAGCUCGUACUACCCUGAUGACGGCAACUCCUUCUACCCGAAGAGCAACUUCAGCUCUUUCUAUCCUGGUCAAGGGAAGAACUCGCUCGAUGUCCCUGAUGCCCGGGGUAGUACAUUCACGAUGUUUCCCUCGGCGCAGGCGUCAAGUGCACACGUCGAAGAGAUGCCGCAGAGCAAGUUCAGCUCCAUGUAUCCCGUGCCACCUCGCCUCGGCCUAGACCCACAGGAUCGCGAGAGCACAGUCACCGUCUUUCCUGGUCCUCAUCAGCCUCAGACAGCACAGAUCGAGACCAUGCCGAGCCCGGUUCAGAACACCUUCCACCCAGGUAUCCCACGCGUAGGCCAUGAGAGUACAGUUACAAUGUUCCCUGGCGACCCUCCCGGAGGACCAAACCCUCCCAACAGCAAGGCGGGUGACAACAUGUCAUGGCUGAACUUGGCAUCAGAAACUCCUACCAAUACGCAAAUCCCCACACCACCUACCGCUACCAAAAGACCUCCCUACAUCCGGUUCCCAAUCGCACUCGCCCUCACUCUCUUCACCUUCGGAGCAGGCUUCAUCAUGGCCGGCGCGCCCGCAGUAGAAUCCCUCCGGGCCCUCGCCAACCCGCCCAGCGACGAGGAGACCCUCACACUCUUUACCCCCACGAGCGCCGAAGUCGCCGAAAUCGAGAAAUCAAUCUUUACCCACCCAUUCACACAAUCGCUGCUCGACGACGAAUUAUACGUUGCUUCGCGCCCUCACCUCAAGAUCCCAGAGCAAUUGCGCGCGCAGAACCUCACGGCCGGAACGCUACUGGGCGCCGACAAAAUCGCCGUCCCGCCGCUACAAUUUAGCACCGUAGACGGCAGUAAAUUCGUGUCCAUCCAAUACCUGGGAUCCGCGCUGUGCGGACACCCUGGCAUCGUGCACGGCGGGCUGCUGGGCACGCUGCUCGACGAGGGGCUCGCGCGGUGCUGUUUCCCCGCACUUCCGAACAAGGUCGGCGUCACUGCCAGUCUGAACAUCACAUACAAGGCGCCGUGCAUGGCGAACCAGAUCGUGGUGCUUGUUGCGGAGACGACGAAGGUCGAGGGCCGCAAGGCGUGGGUCAAGGGGCGGUUGGAGACGUUGCCGAAGAGUGAGGGGGAGAAGCCGGUUGUGCUUACUGAGGCGGAGGCCCUGUUUAUUGAGCCUAGGCAGGCGGCGCAGUUGAAGAGGGUCGUGGUUUAG